GCGAACCUAGCGACAGUGAAAGUACAUAUUAAAUAGGCAGGAACUGUGGCACUUGGUUAUACCGAAGUCUGAACUAGUUGUCAAAAUGGAAGCGGCAGAGGACAAGAAUACGCCUAAGCAAACUGAGAUAGAUGCCCCAUUGAGAGACCCACAUAGUGAAGCUACACAAGCAGAGGGUCGGCCUGGCUCUUCAGAGUCUGCUGUGAAUACGAAUCGUCGCCGAGUUACGCGCUCCCAGACUGCACGUCUACCAGCCAGCUCCCAAGGUACCGAUAACCGCCCGGCGAAGAAACGCAAGGCGAAGGAUGACCCGCCUCCUCCAUCGCCAGAAGCUUCCACUUCCUCCGCACCAUUCCCCCUAGACCCGCAGCUAUCCGAAGAGUUCAAUCAACCUGCCUCAGUGCCCAUAGAGGCCCAGCCUGAAGCAUCUCCCCCAACCCUGCAAAGGUCCACGUCUGCUAACUACACGUUCCUCGAACAGCCCACCUUCCCUGACCCGCCUUUCCAAAGCGAGCGUCGUGGGCCAAGGACGCGCAUCGCACCUCCCGUCCCAGUUCCAAACCUCACCAAGCGAAGCCGGGGCCGGCGUGUUCCGGUAGGUGCAGCCGCACCCGAGAGAGAUCGCUCUCAGAAUGGCCGUAUGUAUAUUUGCAAAGUCCAGGAUUGUGGCAAGCGUUUCAACAGAGGCGAACAUUUGAAGCGACACGUCCGGUCUAUACAUACCCAUGACAAACCAUUUCAAUGCACGUACCCGUCGUGCGAAAAGUUCUUCAGUCGACACGAUAAUCUCCUCCAGCAUCAGAAGAUCCACCGUGAUUACAACUUCUCCCAAGAUCCAGACCCACUGGGUGGGACGUUGCACCGCGUCCGCCAGAGUCCCCGAGUCGAUGAUAUACCCAUGGUGUCCAGCAUGAGCGUCAUUCUCCCGCAUCCCAUCGCUACUAUCACUACUUUCCCCCCCUCUGCCGAGCCCAUCGGCUUUUCGGCACAUAUGGCAGUCUCUUCCUUACGGACAGAACUGCCGGCGGCUCCAGAUGAUACUCAGGGACAUAUGCAUACGAUGCAGACGGAAGCGCACUUCGCGCAUAUAUUUCCCGCCCAUUUUGAACCACAGCCACCUCCACCACCUCCUCACGCCGAUUCUAACGCCCCCGUCCUAGACUUCCAGUCUUAA